AUGUCUAUCACCAGAGUCUCGGACUUCACUAAAGAUUCGUUCUGUUUCGAAGAUGCCGUUGGAAACAGGUACGGAUCCAAAACUAUAGGAUUAACGGCAUGUGAUCAGGGUCCUCUUUUGUUGAAGGUAACAGAUUGUUUAUCGUACGGAGUGAGUAAAAAUAAUAAGUUCGGUAAGGAAAAUCUUUCCAUUUCCCUAUCCCUUUGGGAAAAGUCAGGGUUCGUAUCUGUUUUGGAAUUAAUUGAAAAAGAAUGUGCCAAACAUAUCGGUAAGUCGGAUGAAAAGAUAAUGAAAUGUCUUUACCGAAAAGGUAACACUCCGGUCUUGUAUCCGGGGAUCAACGACGAAACGGAAAUUUAUGCAUCGGAAGGGAACGAUCCCAUCGAUCCUAAAAAAUAUUUGGAUAAAAGAUUUCAUCUUGAUGCGAUCGUUAGAAUCAAAGGAAUUUAUAUAUCCGACAAAACAAUUUGUAUCCAGAUAAAAUUAUACGAAGGAAGUAUAUUGGAAGAAAAACCAAAGGUACCAAGAAAAAGACUUUUACGAGAUUAUGUAAAAACAUUAAAAUUUAUAAAAAAAAUUCCAUUAAAUAAAAGAAUGAAUCCAGCAACAACAGUUAUUUAUUCGGCAAUGAAAAUAGUGGGAAGAAACGAAACGGAAAUUCCGAACGUAAGAUUAACGGACAGAGAAGCCGAUAUUUUAUAUGCGACGUGUGCCAUCUGUGCAUCGUCUGCAUUUUCCAUCUUGUUAUUCGUAGGUUCAAAGUUAGUAAAAAUGUGUCGUGAGAAAGAAAAGAAAAAAGAAGAAUUACCAGUUUAUCCACCGUCUGCGUGA